CUCUGUGCUGCUGCGGGGCGCGGGGGCCAGCAGGAGGCGUGGCGCACCUGCAGCUCACGGACACUCCGCCCCCGCACCACGGCCCAGCGGCCCCCCGCCCCUGACCCCCCGCGGGCCUCGGAGGGUUCCCUGUAACCCAGCCGGUCUCCGCACCCUGGCGCGCCUACUCCGCGGUCGUUGGCCCCCGCAAGUCAUCCCACGGGACCCCUCACGGGACCCCCAACGCCGCCGGCCGCGCACCCGCCCGGAAGUAACGACUUCCGCCGCGGCCCGGCCGGUGCCGGCGUCGCCAUGCCCUCGUUCUGUGACCUGCUGCGCGACUGGCAGCGGGGCGCGCAGGCCGCGGCGCGCGGGGACUGGGGCUGCGCCCUGCGCCACUUCUCGAGCGUCCCGGACCCGCCCGCCAGGAUGUGCUUCAACGUGGGCUGUGUGCACCUGCUGGCCGGGGACCCGGAGGCCGCGCUGCGGGCCUUUGACCAAGCGGUGAUCAAGGACGCCUGCAUGGCUGUCGGCUUCUUCCAGCGAGGAGUGGCCAACUUCCAGCUGGAGAGGUUCCAGGAGGCCCUGUCUGACUUCCGUCUGGCCCUGGAGCAGCUGCGGGGCAAUGCCGCCAUCGACUACACACAGCUGGGCCUGCGGUUCAGGCUGCAGGCCUGGGAGGUACUGUUCAACGUGGCCUCAGUGCAGUGCCGCCUGGGGCUCUGGGCCCAAGCCACCCUCAGCCUAGAAGAAGCCAUCUUCAAGGGGCCAGAUGGGGCCCGCGAGGACCUGAACACUGCCCUGGACCAAGUACAGCAGGUGCAGGCCUGGUCAGCUGCUCAGGUCUGCAUUGGCUGGACCUCCCUCCAGAAACAGGCCUUCCUGCAGCCUCGGCGGGUUCCCAGGGGCGAGGUCUUCCAGCCCCACAGGCGUCACCUGCAGCACCUGGCACCUGUGGAUUUUCUGGGCAAGGCCAAGGUGGUGGUGGCCUCUGCUGUCCCUGACGACCAGCACGAGGGUGUCCGGCCUCAGCAGCCCCAGGUCCAGGAUGAGGAUGGUGAAGCCAGGCCUCGAGCUGGCCCCAGGGCUCACGACAUAGGCCCCUGCAGACCUGGCACCCCUCCUAGCCCCAGGAUGCCCCCUGAUGCAGAGAUGGAGAUUGGCCCUGGCCAGGCAGGGCGGGCCGACCGCUGCACGCCAGGCGCCUACGAGGAGCAGAGGCCCCACACUGAGCAAGUUGGCAAACAGGUUCCUCCAGAGCUGCCAGCGGCUAGGGGCCCAAACCCUGAACCCUCUGAGGAUCCCUCAGGCGCUGGGGAAGUGGCUGCGGGGGCCCCUGAGGCCUUGGUGACCAUCACGGUGCAGUGUGCCUUCACCCUGACCCUGAAGGCCCCAAGAGGAGCUGACCUGUCCAGCCUGCGGGCCCUGCUGAGCCAGGCCCUCCCUCUCCAGGCCCAGCGUGGGCAGCUCAGUUACCAAGACUCUGGUGAUGGGCGCUGGGUCCCCCUCCCCGAGGAGGAGGCCCUGCAGAGGGCCUGGCGGGAUGUGGCUUCUGGCCCCAGCGGGCUGCGGCUCCAGUGCCGACGUCCCCUCUGCCACAGGGAGCAGGCGGCCGGCCUGUCCUCUACCAGGUGGUGGCCCAGCAUGGCUACUCUGCCCAGGGUCCCGAGGACCUGGACUUGCAGCCAGGGGACACCGUGGACGUCCUGUGUGAAGUGGACCAGGCAUGGCUGGAGGGCCACUGUGACGGCCGCGUUGGCAUCUUCCCCAAGAGCUUUGUGGUCCCUGCCGGCCAGUGUGUGAGGCGCUCCGACUCCCGACCCCCUGGCCCCAGUGAUAUCAGCUCCAAAGGGUCCCGUGGCAGGAAGUUUUAAUAAAAGCAAUCUGCCCACCAA